AUGGAUAUUGUACGCUGGGGACUCUAUGGUAAUAUCUACACAGAGACAUAUUAACACUUAUCAGAUGGUGGACCAAAUUGUUAUAAUGAUAUGACCAACACCUUUCGUAUUUCAAUCUCAACAAUUUCUGCAAUAAUUUGCAUUCUAGUGAUGUGUAAAAAUUUGUUCAAAUAAAGAAAAAUGUUGGGCAAAAAUAAAAACAUCUUAGGAAUUGUCAAGAGCUAUAGGAAAGAAACCUAAUAUUUUUGAGUAUAUAGUUGGAUUGGCAUGUUGGGGAACAUUUGCUGUUUAAACUGGAUAUAAAUUAUAUACAGGAAGGGGUAUAUGUGAGAAUAAGACAAUUACAUAGGUGUGUUUAUGAAUAAUCCAUGUCAUAUAGUGUUAUUGAUGUAAGGAUAUGUGUUAUUGACUAAAAAGCAUAAAUUUAGUGCUGUGAUUUUUAUAUGUCAAUUAAGAUGGCUAUAUGGAGUAUUUGCAGUAUUGAAUUAUUCUCUAAACUAUAGGCAUUGAAAUUUCCAGUUACUACAGGUAUGGAAUUACCAUUAGAAGUUGAAUUCUUUUGGAUAGAACAUCUUCUUGGAGCUUUUGCAGGUCCCUUAGCAUUAACAUUAAGUGGAAGAUUUUUCUUUUUUGAAUAUAAAACAUUCUUUGUUCAUUAAAUGUUUGGAUGGGAUUCUCAUGUACUUUAUUAGAGAGUAAGAAUAAUAUUAAAGUGUAGAUUUAUAUGUUACCAAUAUCAUUGAUGACUUGGGCUAAUUUAAAUUAUAUGCUUUGUAGACCAGAUCAUGAUCCAUUUGUUCCUUACAUAGGAAAUUGGUAUUAUGUAUUUUCAGAGAUAUACUUAAACUUGGUUAGUAUAAUAGCAUUUACAAUUGUAUUUACAUUAACAUGGAUUUUAAGAAAAAUCAUAAGAUAUAAAGAAAAAUAAGAUUGA